GACCAGAUGCACAUCAUAAUGCAACUAAAGCCGAAUCCCGGACAUUUUCGCAAAUUUAGAAAUCCCGGCCGGACGCAUGGUCACCCUAUUUAUAAAAACACACUGAAUAAAUCACACUAUUUUGCCUAUAAUUAGAGUACCAUCUUCAGCCUUGGGGUGGUGUGUGGUUAUCAUGAACAGUAAGUCAUCGAGAUCUCACUCCUGUCUGUCACAUGCAACAGGUACGGAUAAAAAACAACAACAAAAAAACAGCUGCGUCAUAGAUUCACGACAGCAACGUUCCGUUUGCGAAUGCCAAACUGUUUGAUGCAGCAGAUAGAACGCAAAAUAAGAAAUCAACGGCAGUCUUUCAGUCCUGACAGUAUCGACAAUGAAUUUUGUAUACUAUGCGCAUGGUUGCUGGUAAGACUCGUUUUUCAUGAGAGGUGACGCAAAUGUUGUGCGCCGUGGGUCACUCCAGGAGUAGACGAAAAUAUUUGUCCAGGUAUUUGUCAUCCACAUGGGAAUGGGGGACAUGAAGACACCAGAUUUUGAUGACCUGCUGGCAGCGUUUGACAUUCCAGACAUUGAUGCCAAAGAAGCAAUUCAGUCUGACACUGUGGAGACUGAUGGUAAUCAUAAUGAACCCAGUGGUUUUGUUGGAAAAGAAAGAAGGGGUAGUCCAAGACCCACUGGGCACUCAGAAAACCCUGAGACUAUUCCUUUAGCUCCCCAUAAUGAUCCAUCUGUGGUCAGUGUGAUUGUAAAGAACAGUGUACGGUCAGAUGCAUACAUGGAAGCAAAUGACGAUGAUGACAAGAUGGAUAUGAAUAUAGCUGAAAACUUUGCUGCGACUAAAAGAUGUGUUGAUGGAUCACAGGUAUCUCCUCAGCAGGGUCCCAGUGAAGAUGGCCUGGUGCUUACUGAUCCAUUUAUCUAUAAUGGACUCAGGACUAUCUCAGGUGGGGUUACAGAACCCUCUCCCCUGCCCUUUCUAACCCAGACACAGCCUAACAGGCAACUCUGGUCUGUCUCAGCCUCUGGACUUACAAGUGAGUGUAGUGAUGACAACCAGGAUGGCAUUUCCUCUAAACACUCUGCUAGCACUUUCUCUCCUCCUCAGACUUUACCCCCUUCCACUCCUCCCAACUCAUCCUCAUAUUUAAUUGGUCCAAUCUUUCCUCCCUCAAAAUUUGAUGGUGAAGAAGCACAACAAUUAAAUGGCAUUUUGAGGGUGAGUGUUCGUCGGCACUUCUCUGAAGAUGAAGAAUCUGAACCAGAUCUUGGAAGCCCUCCACUCGUCAUACAGGAGAGCCCUGAUUCUCAGCUCUGCUCAGCUCCCAAGGUCCCACGCAGGCACCAGCCCCCUUCAAGUGUGUUUCAGCCCCCCUCUCCCUCCUCCCCGUCCUUACCAGUUAGUAACACUCAAAUUGAGGAGUCAGCACCCUCUGUCCACCAUCCAGUACUUCUACAAAACACUGUCAAUCUAAACACAAACACAUCUAUGACCUCCAAAAAUGAACUACCUGUUGAAGAAAAAAAUCUGGAGCACAUUUUUGAGGAGAGAGAUUCUCCAGAAAGUCCGGAGCCAGAAAUCCCUACCUGCACUCAGAUGAGCUCAGUUUCAGAGGUUCUCAAGAAGAGCCCUCCUCCACCUCAGACUUGUACGUCUCUGCCCUUAAAUCAGCAAGGAGUAAAUGAGCCUGGAUUGAAGAGAGGAGACACUGCGCUUGAAGAUCAAGUCAUAGACAUGAGUCUAGGUGUGAAAGAGCAGGAGAAGAGCGGACUUCACGUAAAAACAGAGAAUGAUGGAGUUGAGAAAACAGAAGUGAAAGUAACAAGGAAAUCCACUGAGCCUAGUUUGGCUAAUUCUGUAUCUGAAGGCAUCACAAACUCCUCCACAACCUCUUCCAAGCCUCUCAAAGUCAGAAUCAAAACCAUCCAAACCUCGACUGGGAACAUCACACGUACUGUAUCUAGAGUGGCUCCCAAACGAGCAGCAGCUGGGGCCUCCAAGGGUCCUGAUGGCUCCAAAGUUCCAAAAGGGGCCCGUAAGUCAAUCCAACAGAUCCAAAGAUCUGGUGCUGUUCCUCAAGGUCACCCUCAGGUGGCGAUGUUGCCCGUGUCCACCCUCCAAGAUGCCAGCACAGCUAUGUUAUUUGCAGCCAGCAGGGCACAGAAUAAAAUGACUACCACUCUGUCUGCCACAGCAGUCAACAUCACCAGAACGUCAACCCUCCCUGCUGUCUCCACCUCAUCCAUGACAGGAAUGAACAUUUGUUCUUUAGGACAGAAGAAAAUGAAUGGGAACCCAGGUACAGCCAAACCAGCAUCCAUUGUGAACAGUCCAGGAGCUGUGAUCUCACGCAGCCAGUCUAGCCUCGUUGAGGCCUUCAACAAAAUCCUAAACAGUAAGAAUCCAUUGCCCAGUUAUCAGCCAGACCUCUCCACCUUCCCUCCUCCAGAAUGGGGUCUUCAGUUGCCCUCCACUGGGUAUCGUUGCCUGGAGUGUGGGGAUGCUUUCGCCCUAGAGCUCAGCCUGGCAAGGCACUAUGAUCGGCGCUCUAUGAGGAUUGAAGUGACCUGUAAUCACUGCUCCAAACGAGUGGCCUUCUUUAAUAAGUGCAGCCUGCUGCUCCAUGCACGAGAGCACAAGGAGAAGGGGCUGGUUAUGCAGUGCUCUCACCUCGUCAUGAGUCCUGUCAGUGUGGAGCAGAUGAUUGGCCAGCAGGAUACAGUGCCUAUAGGUAUACUCUGUCCACCUGCUCCAGGAUCCUCUGCUCUGCUUGGCGUUAAAGAAAGUAGCAUCCAACUUUCACAAUCUUCUGACAUCUGCUGUCCAGAGUGUUUGAGUCCAUUCAAAGGGAAGGUGGAAAUAGCAGCACACUUCCAAGAGCUUGAGGCUGGUGGCAUUGAAACGUGUUGUAUGCAGUGUUCUCCUCCAAUGCCUCUGUUGAACUCGUGCAGUGCUGCUGCUCACCGCAGGUUACAUCAGCAGCUCUCUCCACUGGUCUGUCCUGAGUGUGGUGUCAUUUGUCAGCUUCAUAACCUCAACACACACCUGAAUCAAAUCUGCCUGCACUACUCACGUCGCCUUGGAUAUAGAUGUGGCUGCUGUCAUUUGGUGUUUGGAGGAGUGAAUAGUCUAAAUGCUGUAAAGUCUCACAUGCAGACAGCUCACUGUGAGGUGUUCCAUAAAUGCCCCUCCUGCCCCAUGGCCUUCAAAUCUUCCUCUGGUGCUGAAGCCCACUGUAUCGCUCAGCAUCCUGAACUCCCUGAGACGUCUAGGCAAUCCAAGGAGAUCUAUAAAUGCGUGAUGUGUCGGACUGUUUUUACCCAGAAAGCAUUGCUCAGUGUCCACAUUGACACUCAUUUAGUCAAGCAGAAGAUGCAUGUCUUCAAGUGUCCUGACUGUAACAAGCUCUUCACACAGAGACAUUCCCUCAUUGAGCAUGUCAAGGACUCUCACAGGGACUCCAGUGUUCAGCAGAAUGACAUAUCGGCACAUAAGAACUUGGUAAAGAUGGAGAGCUCUGAUGGCGAAGAGUGGGGGAGGGAUGAAGAGGAGGACAGAGGAAGAGGAGGGUUGAGAGAGGAGAAUUCUGCUGCACCAGAUAUCCAGAGCUGGAGCUGCUCAGAGUGUCAGACACGCUAUGCAGAGAAAGAAAACUACAUUAACCACAUGUCUGAGCAGCAUGGCAAGGAACUGAAGAAGUUUCCCUGCACUCUUUGUGAAGGCUCCUUCUCUUCAUCCUCAAGUUUGAGACGACACAUUCGUGUCAAACACAAAGGCAUAAAAAGAGCUUUUUAUUGCCAGUGCAAAUUCAGUGAAGUGCCUCAAGGACAUGACACAUUGCUUGUUUUACAGUCUCUAGAGUGCAAAAAGAAUGGUGCCGAAAAAAAACAUCCAGCGAGCAGCAGUUCUGUGGGUGAAAAAGGCUUGUUAUUGACAGAGGUCAGAGGAGAUGGCCAGACAGGCAGAUUUUGUACAGGUGGGAAGAAGAGUUUCAGUAGUAAACUCAUUCUUGAGAAACACAUUCAGGCUCAGCAUGGAUUUGAAAGCGGAGCAGCCACACAAGGUCAGGCAGUUCCUCAUAUCGCUGAUACAGCUGGCAGCUCUUCUGGGCAGGAUGGUGUAUCUAGUAUUUUGGGCGGGGCUUUAAUGAAAGCAGAGAGUCGAUUGGCUGAGAGCAGCCUGACUAGCCGUGGCAGAGGAGCUGCAGCUGAGGGAUUCCACUGCAUGCCAUGUGGUUUUGCCACAGAAGACAGGGAGGAGUUUCUGCAGCAUAUUGCAUGUCACCGCAGUGAUGGGGGCAGUGCCUUUCAGUGUCAGCAGUGCGGGGCGUGUUUCGCGUCCAACUCCUCCCUUAGCCGGCAUCUCUUUAUCAGCCAUCGCGUGCGUGAUGUUCCCUCUGAGCACGCAGAGGUGUCCAUUGGCACUGGUUACACAUCUGGGAAUGUGAACUCUUACCCUGCUGUUGUAGCAGGGUCCCCGGGGUCACCUUCAAGUAUUGGGGGGUCACAGAUGGAGGAUGGGGAAGGUAAGCACAUCUGUAAGGUGUGUGGACGUCACUUUAACAAACCUGCUGAUCUUAAUACACACUUUAGAACUCAUGGCAUGGCCUUCAUCACAACAUACAAAUCAGACAAACCAGCAUAGAGAAGAAUACUGGGCGAGAGGAAAGAAUGAACAGAGAGGGUGAAUCUCAUGAAACCUGUCAAAAACAUGUCCAUAUCAUAUUUCACCCCAAAAUAAGAAAAUAUAAGAAAUUAUAUAUAGUUAUAUAGUUCUGUUGUAGUUAUAUAAUUAUAUAGUUCCUUUAUGCUUAGUUAAAUAAAAAAAAGUCAUAGAAUCACAGGAUUUUUUCUGCAAUACAGUACAAAAAUGACUGUAGUACAAUAAUGAGAAUCACCAUUGCGAAUAACGUGAAUUAAAAAAAAAAAAAAUUCAAAUGUCCAGAUACAUGAGACGAUGAGAUUUUGUGGAAAAAAAUGUGCCUAAUGAUCCUAAAAAAAAAAAAAAAUGUCUUUUUAUUUAUUUAUUUUUAUUAAAAAAAUGACUCAUGUUUUUGCCUGUCGUUAAACACUUAUUUACCAGCCCUGCAAUAUUCCUGUGCCUACUGAUUCUGAAUAAUUGUACAGUCAAUUUUCUGUAAAAACAAAUUGCAGCUUAUAAAUGAAAUACUGUAAUAAUUAAGUUUAGCACAGCCAAAAUGCUUCUGAAUCAGGUGACUCCUUUUUGCUUGAAUCAUUAUUUUUGUAUGUUAGACAUUUGUUUCUUCUCAUUUCUACAGAGAUGAUAAAAUCAGGACUGACUAAAUAGUAACAUUGAGCUUCAAAAUGAGAAUGAAAAGUGCCUUCUUCAUAUAGUAAAAAUUGUAUUUUAAAGAUUGUUUCCUCACUCUGUGUUUGAGAAUUUGUGUGUGUGUGUACAGUAUGUGUGAUGUAUGAAAGAGCAUUGAGCGAGAGAGAUCAUUAGACGAUGAAAAAUUGUUCAACUUUUACGUUUGUGAUGAAGUUAUGUUUUUAUUUGUGCCUUAUAAAUCUAGUCUCCUGGUUUUUCUAUUGAAGAUGAUUAACAGAACUUUAUUUUACUGUAACCUCUUGCCUGAAUUCUCAGUUUAUUUUUUGCUGUCUCAAAUGUAUUUUUUGAGAUAAAUAAAGAAAAACUGUUAUUACUAAA